UCACUUGGCCUGCGUGUGCGCACACAACCCGUACAACAUGGUCUUGAGAUCACAAGAGUGACAAAACGUUUCUGAAUGAAAUGUAAAGAGAGUUUUAACAAAAAUGUGCACUAAACUUAGUCAUGUGUUACCAAAGUUUUUUGUCUUAGUUUUAGUAUUUAUCGAUAUCACGUAUGGCGUGGUCCUCCGCGCGUACGUGUCCCAACAUGGGUUGCAUGGCGAGAUCGAAUUCAGCCAUAAGAAUAACACCCUCAUCAGCAUCAGAACCAAGCUCAAACCGACCCUGCAGUUCCCCGACGGGGUCUUCAAAUGGUCCAUUCACGAAUUUCCCGUCGACUACACAGACAUCUCCAACGAACGAUGUUCAGAAUUAAACCUUGGCAGGGAACUCAUUGAUUUAACUGAAGAAUUAGGAUAUCUCAUAAUACCAGGAAAAGAUCAUGCAGAAUUUGAAAGCAAAGUUCCUCUGUUCGGUCUUAAUGGCUUAUGGGGAAAGAGUCUGGUUUUGGAAACUGCGGAAAGAGACCGAAUAAUUUGUUCAUCUAUACAUUCGACUGACAAACAGCAAGAACGUUAUGCCGUAGCGAAGUUUACAUCUCCGGUAGCUGGGACAUUGAAUUUCAGGUGGAUUUCAGUCAAUGAAUUUGACGAGUCCGAUUCAUACAUUAUAGCUGAUUUGUAUCACACGAAAGCGGUGUCGGAUAAGUUGGAGCACACAAUGCACAAGUGGAAGAUCUUCGUGACCGAUAUCUUCGACUCGGAUAAAGGUAACCAUGAAGACAACUGUAAUGUUCUACAGUUAGUUUUUGAUCCUGAAAAUGCUGGCGACGGAAUGAGUGUCGGGGACCUAGAUAGUCGCCUAGGACUUGUUAAAGUUGCGACAGAUGCUAAUAAGAGAAAAGUGAGGACUCUAUAUAAGGAUGACGUCAUAAAUAUGUUAAGAAGUGACAUGGAGGUGACGAAGAGAAGUCUCUACGUUGUAGUGUAUGAUAAUCGACACCCCGACAGCUUUUUGGGAUGUGCAAAACUGAGGCCUAUUCCGCCCAAGAGUACUAAAGCACUUAUAAACAUGGACGGAAUCCGAGGAACGGUAGAAUUCACUCAGCGUUCCCCUUUCGACCUGACGUGGGCGAACUUCCAGCUCGGUGCCGCGGACAUGGAUUACGAGUCGAACCUUCGCUUCGUAAGCUCCAUGCUGCACUACAAUGUACAUGAGCUGCCUGCAAAGCUCCUGAACGCUGAUCUGGUGGAUAACAUGUGCAAUACUACGGGGAGUUUGUUCAACCCCACCGGUGUCGACAUUAAUAAUAUGCCUCCUCCAGGUAUGGGCACGCAAGACCAGUAUCCAGUGGGCGCUCUAUACGGCAAGUACAAGGAUCGGACAGAGUAUUUGAACCACCAUUACAUGCUGCCGGGCCUGGCCAUCGAGCUGAGCGGCUCUUAUUGGGACGUCUUUCUGUCACUGCAGGGACAGAACAGCAUUGUGCAUAGGGCGUUGGUGCUUCAGAGACGAAAUCCGAAACACGACCUUUGUGGCACGAUCCUGCUGUACGAACAUGGCACGGAGUACCAGACGCCCAUGACGUCAGCGCAGGUCAUCUUUAGAUACCCCAUCGUCGGUCAGGUCAUAUUCCGCCAGCCGCAAGACCGCCCCUGGGAGGAUACCACGAUUAUUAUAGAGAGCAUGGUGCACGCGGACGGUGCGCACGUGAACAACACGUUCGAGCACCGCUGGGCGAUUCACGAGCACGCUCCAGGCUCUGACUACUAUAACUGGACGGGGCGCUGCCUCUCCGCGGGCAAAGUCUUCGAACCCCACGGCAUCGACAUUGACACACGGCACCCGGACCAGUACUGCCGGAAAGGCCUGGAGGGGCUCUGUCGCCUCGGGGACUUUACUACCAGGCACGGCACGUUGUCAGUGGCGGGCAAGAAGGCGGAGAGCCUUCGCCUGACGCGGCGGCUGUUCACCGACCCCGUGGUGGCGAUCGCCGGCAAGUUCUCGCUGAUGAAGAAGUCACUCGUCAUCUACGACGACCACGGUCCCGUCGCUAGGGGCGAGCGCAUGGCUUGCUCUAUCGUAAACGGACUGCACCGCCGCAAGGCAGUGGUCCGCGACUGGUUCGGUAACGGCCAGCAGGUGCACUUGCGCGGGCGCAUCGAGAUGACGCAGCAGUCGCCCUAUGACGUCACCAACGUGCAGGUGGCGCUCGACGGGCUGGACGACGUUCGCAACUACCGGAUACAUAUGACUCCAGUGGAGAAAGAUCUCGAGUUUCCUUGCGAGAAAACUACGCUUUACGACACGUACAACCCGUUCCACGUGGACAAACAUCGCAGCCCGCCGCCCACUAAAGGCACCGCGGACCAGUACGAGCUAGGCGAUCUGGGCUCGAAGUACGGCCCGAUCGAGGGAGCAGGCAGCUUCAGCGCGUACUACAACGAGACGCAGCUGUCCCUCUUCGGGCCUCACACCGUGCUGGGGCGGUCGGUGGUGCUGCACCGCAGGGAGGCGGACCGCGCCUGGGCGUGCGCCAGCGCCGAGCGCGGCUACAGCCCCUCGGAGGCGCGCGAGCUGCGCGCCGUGGCCUCGUUCCACCACCCGCAGGGCUUCGCCUGGGGCUUCGUGCGCGCCUCGCAGCUGCGCCACGCCGACGGCAGCGCCGGCGACACGCUGCUGGAGGUCAACCUGCGGCACCCCGGGCCCAGGGACCGCAACCGCACCGCGGGCCACGGCUGGGCGAUCUUCGUCAACCCGGUGGGGGUCGACGCGACGGUGAAGGUGGCCGACACGCGCUGCGUCGCCGGCGGGUACCGCUGGAACCCCUACUUCACGCAGCUCGCCGAUCCGCUCAACCACGACCUGUACAGCCAAGAGUGCGGCGCUGACAAUCCCCUACGUUGCGACGUCGGAGACCUCACCGCGCGAUUGGGCACCAUCAGCGUGGGCGGCCCGCGGCAGAUGUUCGUGGACAGCAACUUCCCGCUGGAGGGCGCGGUGAGCGCCGUGGGCCGCUCGCUCGUGGUGUUCGCGGCGGCGGGCGGCGCCGCGCGCAUGGCGUGCGCCAACAUCGAGCCCGACAAGGACAUCGUCAAGUACGCCAACGUCAUGAAGACGCCCCGCUUCGUGCUGACCCAGUUCUUGCAAGAGGUGCGCGCGGUGAUGGGCGUGCCGCCCUGGAUGGUGACGGUGGACGCGCGCAAGACCCGCGACCUGCACUCCGGCGCCUGCCUGCAGAUCCUGUUGCACUUCACCGGCCCCCAAGCCAACCGGCUCGAGCUCGACUUCAGCAAACUACUCGCGACGGGGCGCCUGGACUCGCCGAGCAUCUACAUCCCGGGCCACGUGGACAGCAAGCGCAAGUCCACGCUGUCCUACCGCCAGUGCGGCGUCACCGACCCCAACGACAGGAAGAAGAAUUCCUAUUUCUUCAAGAGUCAGGCCUCUUCCUCUUCACAACUGUUAUUCAGCUGCUGGCUCACGAUUCUAUACCUGCUCAGACUAUUGUAACCUUAUUCCUCUAUAGAAGGGUAGUACUUGCGAAGGAAUCUAUUCGAAGGCUCACACACAUACGUGCACUCAUAAUAAUAGAACAUUUUGUUCAUCAGUUAAGUGCUUAGUCUAAAAUUGUAAAUUGACAUCAGUUUGUACACUUCCAUUUUGCGGCCUUGACUUGAGACCAUAAGGAAUAAGGCGACCGUCCAUAUACAACGUACAAGAAGACUGUAAAUAUAUUACGUACCUCAAAUUGCA